AUAAGAAGAAAUACAUUAAACCCUAAUCUCUCUCUAAUUCUCUCUUUCUCCCUCUCACGCCGUCGAGUCUCAACUCCGGCUUCUCCGUUCCCUUCUCCCUUCCCGAGCAAGGAGACGCUCCGAGUCUCCCCAACCGAUACUACUCGUAUCACUGGUGCUUUCAUUGCCAUGACGUCUGAAGCAAUUACUAUGGCAGAUUUCCGGGAGUUCCAGCAGCAAAUCGACCGGCAGAUUCACGCCCAUACUACGAGUAUGCAAUCUCUGCAUCAACACACGGAUCAUCUUCAGCAACGUUUUGACGAAUUCUUAUGUCGGAUGGACAAAGCGCCUCCCCAUGUGGGUUCGGGUUUCCGCCCUCCCCAUGGUAGCGGCCAGGAUUCCAUUCCCGUCAUGUCCAAGUUGAAGUUGGAGAUACCAAAGACAGACGGGUCUGAUCCAUUGGGCUGGUUGUUCAAGGCGCACGAAUAUUUUGUCUUCUAUGCCGUACCGGAUGAGGCACGGUUACCCGCCAUCUCUAUGAUGCUUGAGGGGCCGGCUCUUGAUUGGUUUCGGUGGCGGCACCGGAACGGCCUCCUUACGUCUUGGGCGGAUUUUGUGAACCAAUUCAAGCUCCGCUUCGAUCCGCUCAGCUAUGUGGAUUAUUUCGCUCUUCUCUCUAAGAUUCAACAGACGGGCUCUCCCGUGAACUUGAGGUCAAAUUUACGGCAUGGACAACUGCCAUUCCCCAGCGGCCAACCAAAUUUUUUCCACCCCCGGCCACAUCGCCGUUAUUACCCACGCCCGGCACAAAACAGCCUCUGCCCGCACCCAAAUCUGCGGCUGGGUUACCCGUGCGCCGUCUAUCGUAUGCCGAGCGUAAGGAACGUGAUGCCAAAGGAGGGCCAUAAUUGUGGGCGUUUCUUGUUACUUUUCGAGGAUGAUGACGUUGAAGAUCCUUCGGACCCAGUCUUGGACGACACGGUGUUGUCUGCCGACGUGUCCUCUCUGCACAGCCUAGCUGGGGUGACGAUGCCUCGUUCUUUGCGAUUGUCCGGGAUGAUCGCGUCUGCGGUCGUCGACGUGCUAAUUGAUGGGGGUAGCACCCACAACUUUAUUCACCCCUCGGUUGUUGAGAAGUCCAAACUGCCAAUCAUGGAAGUCCCCGCGUUCUGGGUGUAUGUCGGCAAUGGCGCUUCUCUGACGUGGUUCUCGGGGUCCAGUGGUUGCAACUCUUGGGUACGGUUACUCACGAUUAUGCCAAUCUCACUAUGGGUUUUUCUUGGCAAGGAAGCCUGGCCGCUCGACCUCCCUGCCGACAUUCGGCGUGUGCUCCAGACCUAUGGCUCCAUUUUUUCACAGCCGACCGGCCUUCCUCCUAGGCGCUUAUGUGACCAUCGAAUUUUCCUACAGCCAGGGUUGAAGGUCACCCCAUUUCAGGUUGUUUACGGACGUCCCCCACCGGAGUUGGUGCCCUAUACUCGAGGUGCUAGUCGUGUACAGGCGGUGGACGAUAUCUUGGCCGAGCGCGAUGCUUUGUUGCGUCGUCUACGGGCUGAUUUGCAGGCCGCCCAGCACCGGAUGAAAAUGUUGGCAGACCGCAAGCGACGCGAGGUGGAAUUCGCGGUGGGCGACCUGGUUCUCUUGAAAUUACAGCCCUACCGUCAAACUUCAGUGGCUCGUCGGGUUUCACAGAAACUGUCCAUGCGUUUUUUUGGCCCGUUUGAAGUUCUUGAGCGCAUUGGACCAGUGGCAUAUCGCCUUAAGCUGCCCGAGACAUGUCGUAUACACCCGGUUUUUCACGUCUCUCUUUUACGGCCGAUUAAGGGGACUGCCUCUUCCCCUCCUAUCUUGCCCUUGCCCACUGACCUUGUGGAUGGCAGGUUGCCGUCUGUUCCGGUGCAAAUUCAUGACACACGUCGGGUCUUACAAAAUGGUGUCCCCGAAGAGCAGUACUUGGUGCGUUGGAGUGAUGGCACGCUAGAGGACGCUACUUGGGAACCGGCUGCAGCAAUCCGACGUGAUUUCCCUAAUUUACCUCAAGGUGGUUUCUGAUGCGCGGGAGAGUGUUAUGGAUCAAGAAGAGCCCAGCCCAACUCUUCGACAAAGCCGUAGGGUUCGGCGAGCACCCCCGUGGCAACGAGAGUUUGCCAUGCAAUAAUUCUAUUAUGCAUAUUAUUAUUAUUUCCAUUUAUUUAAUGUAAUAUAGAUUUUCUUAGGUG